AUGUCAAGUCAAACGACAACUCAUGCAAAGCUAGAAGUUUUAGCAUUAGGAGCGGGCUGUGAGGUGGGUAGAUCAUGUAUAGUUAUAAGUUAUAACAACCGUUCAGUCAUGUUCGAUUGCGGUAUACACCUUGCACAUGCUGGGGUAGGUGCAUUACCAAUAUUUGACGCUGCGGAUGUCUCUAAAAUUGACUUAUGCCUAGUUACCCAUUUCCAUUUAGAUCAUUGUGGUGCUUUGCCAUAUUUUGCCUCUAAAACUACUUUCAAAGGAAGAAUUCUUAUGUCUGAACCUACUAAAGCUAUAGCAAAAUUACUUUGGACAGACUAUGCUUUUAUGUCUAAAAACUUAAAUCAACCGGGAUUUUCGCAACAAUCUUCUUUAAAAAGAACCGGUUCCAAUCAAAUGAAUUCAAUGAUAUCAACAAAUUCUGCUGUAUCGGAAUACAUGAACUCACUUGAAACUUUUCUUUUUGAUGCUGAAGAUAUAGCAAAAACUUAUGAUAAAUGCGAGAUUAUUAACUUCGGACAAACACUAAAAUUUACAGAUUGUGGAAUAAGCGUGACAUGUUUGAGUGCUGGCCACGUUUUAGGAGCUUGUAUGUUUAUAGUUCAAAUAGAUGGUGUUAGAGUUUUGUACACAGGAGAUUUUAGUUGUGAAGUUGACAGACAUGUUCCAGUAGCAGAUAUACCUACUAUACCUAUUGAUGUACUUAUAUCUGAAUCAACAUAUGGAAUACGUGUGCAUGAACCAAGAGAUCAAAGAGAAAAACGUUUUCUUAAAUCUGUAGAUGACAUUAUAAGUAGAAAAGGCAAAUGUUUAAUGCCUGUUUUUGCUCUUGGAAGAGCACAGGAACUUAUGUUUAUACUUGAUGAAUAUUGGGAAGCCAAUCCACAGCAUCAAAAAGUGCCUAUAUGGUUUAUUUCUCCUUUAAAUUCUAUAUGUCUUUCUGUAUUUAAAACUUAUAUAUCUAUGGCGGGGGAUUAUGUAAAACAGUUAGCAGAUUCCGGCAAAGCUCCUUUUCAUUUUAAACAUAUAAAAACAGCAGCAAGGAUAGACGAAGUCCGUGAUGUAAUCCACAAGCCAGGACCCUGCGUAAUACUGGCUGCACCGGGAAUGUUGCAAAGUGGCACAUCCAGGUAUUUGUUUGAAGCGUGGUGUAGAGACAAGAAAAAUGGCAUCAUUUUGACUGGUUAUACAUUGAAGCGAACGCUAGCAGAUGAUCUUAAAAAAAAUCGUCAGUCAAUUCAACUAAAGCCCAAUGGCCCAGAAGUCCCAAUAAACUGUUCUUUCGAGAUGAUAUCUUUUUCAGCGCACUCAGAUUUCAACCAAACGUACAACUUCAUCAAUUGCGUUAAAACUGGCAUCGUAGUUUUAGUCCACGGAGAACGCGGGGAAGCCACUCGUCUUAAAGAAAAACUCAAAGAAUUAAGACCUGAUUUGGCUCUAUUUACCCCAGAAAUACUUCAAAGGCUGGAGCUGUGGUUUAAGCUAAGAAACGUAGCACAUGCAAUGGGAGACGCUUGUUUUUUAACGGGCAAAAAACGUCACAUGUCAGCUAUACUACAUUUAACGAAUAACCCUGUUACACAAUUAAUAGCAGAUACAAUUAUUUAUAUGUGUCUUGAAACUCCUAACAAAGAACGAAACUGGAAUAUUUAUGUAUGUUGGGCUUUUUCAUCAUUAGUCGGAACGUUGACUGUUACUGUACAAAAAAUGUCUCCAGAAGAUGAAGUUAUGACCGUUAACCAAGAUGUCAAUAUGAGCAUUCGAAUCAGAGGCCGUGGUGCUCACGAUGUUAUAUAUGAUGAUCGCUAUACUGGACAAGCUGGAAUUUUUGACAGCUUAGCAGAUGAAGAAGAUGCCGCAUCUUCAGCAGACCCAUCUAUGCCUCAAAAAUCUAUCGAAGGAUGGAUCAUAAUCGUAACUGGAAUUCACGAGGAGUGUGCUGAAGAUGAUUUAUAUGAAGCUUUUGAAAAUUUUGGGUUAAUAAAAAAUGCACAUUUAAAUCUCGAUCGCCGUACAGGAUACGUUAAAGAAGCUCAAGCUGCUAUAUCUGGUAAGAAAUUUAGUUAUUUGUUUAUAGUCAUAGAAAUGAAUGAUCAAAAAAUAUUUGGUAUUCCAAUAGCGGUGAAUUGGGCUUUCCGAAAACCCAAUGCUUCAUGA